AUGUAAAAGCAAUAAUCGAAAUCAUAAUCAAAUAGAAACAGAUAAGAAACAGCAAAAUCUGUGAAAAGAUAAGAGAAACUAACUAAAAUUUAAGAAGCUUUUAAUUUUAAUAAGGCAUCAAAAUAUAUUGUAAACCAAUGUUACUUAUAUAGUUUCAAUCUGGAUUUUAAGAGAGAGCAUGGCUAAUCAAAAGGGGCUACUAAGACAGGAUAGAUUUUAAAGAUUCAGAAAUUGCAGAACUCAGAAAAUAUUUCUCUUCUCUUGAUGGAGAUGGCUCUGGUGCAAUUGGAAUAGAAGAAUUAUAAGAUCCAUUAAUCGCUUUGGGCUUAGUAAAUUCUAGAGAAGAAGUGGAGAAAAUUAUGAGCGAAGUUGAUGAAGAUGGAACAAAUGAAAUUGAAUUCAAGGAGUUCUUAACAAUUAUGAGAGGAGUGCAAAAGGGAGGAAAUACUGAUUAAGGAGAAAAGAAUCCAAUUUAUGAUUUCUUCAAAAGUAUCAGAUUCAUUUUAUAGUGUUUUAGAGAUGAGUAAUGGAUAAUUAGAAAAAGGAAUGGAUAAACAUAUUCCUUUUAAAUUAAAUGUAAGCUUAUUCCGAAGAAAACAAAUAUUAAGUAAAUUAUUAAUUAAAAUGAGACGCAAUAACAAGUGAUUAGAAAGAAUUAAAAGAUAAAGGGUAAAAGAUUUUGUAGGCAUACAAGAGAUAACUAUUAAAUUAUAAGUAACAAGAAAGAUUGAAUCGAGGAGAGGAUCCAAAUGGUAAUAAAUUGACAUAUGAUCUAUAGACAUAUCUUUGGAUUAGUUUCCGAAUAAGGAUAAUGGGCCUAAUCCUAGAAAUGGUCUUCCGAAAUAACAACGAAUAAUCUAAUCUGAAGCAAAAAUAGGAAGCAGCAAUAAACACGUAGAAAAGUGA